AUGCUGCCCGCGGGCCCCGCCGGGGCCCUGCUGGCGGCGGGGCGGGCGCGGGCGGCGGGCGCGGUGCGGGCGCGGAGGGGCGGCCUGGCCGAGCCCUGGCAAGUCGUCUCGCCUCGCCUCGCCCUGCAGAGGACCGGCACCAGCUCGGGCUCCCGGGCCGCGCCCGCGCCGGGCCCGGGGCACGGCCAGCGGCCGCCCGGCCCCCUGGCGCGGGGGCAGGCGACUGCCGGCGGCGCCGCCGACGACUCGCUGGCGGCGUGGUGGAGCCGGCGGCAGGAGCGCGGCGCCCGCGUGCCGCGCCCCGACUCGGAGGUGGCGCUGCGGCUCGCGGCGGAGGCGGAGGCGCACGCCGCGGCGCUGCUGCCGGGCGAGGGGCACGUGCGGCAGAAGGACGAGUUCCUGCAGGCGCUGCAGCACCACCUGCAGGACGUGGUGGACGGCGCCCGCGUGGUGGCCUUCGGCUCCGCCGCCAACGGGCUCUGGACCUCGCACAGCGACCUGGACGUGUGCGUGCGGGUGCUGCGGACGAUUGCCGGCGAGCUCUCCCGGGUGCCCAGCCACACCGUGGAGCCCCGCUACGGCGCCCAGGUGCCCAUUCUGCACUGGGCGCCGAGGAUCGGAGACCGACUCUCCCCCCCGGGCGCGCCGCCGGACAUCAGCAUCAACAACGUCCUCGCCGUGGUGAACUCUCAGCUCGUGGCGGAGUACAUCGCGCUGGAGGAGCGGGUGCGGACGCUGGGGCUCUGCCUCAAGUCCUGGGCCAGCGCGCGCGGCAUCAACGACCGGAGCCGCGGCACCCUCUCGUCCUUCGCGCUGAUCCUGAUGCUCAUCCACUUCCUGCAGCGCCGAGCGGACCCGCCCGUGCUGCCGUCCCUGCAGGACAUCGCGUUCGGCAGGGGCGAGCCCGCGAUGCACGUCGGGGGCGUGGACUGCCGGUACUGCACCGACCGCGGGGAGGUGGCGAAGGAGCUGGAGUACCUCGGCGCGGGGAAGCCCGCCAACCGGGACCACGCGGGCGCCCUGCUGCUCCAGUUCUUCCGCUACUUCGGCCACGACUACCGGCACGGGGUCAUACGCAUCCGCAACACCGCGCCGCUGCUGCCCCCCGCGGCCGAGGCGGGGCAGUACCUCGUGGUGGACAACCCCUUCGAGCCGGGGAAGGACGUCGCCAACGUGGACUCGUCGCAGCACAGCGUCCUCAAGAAGGAGUUCCGCCGGGGCUGGAGCCUGCUGAGUCAGGGCAGCCCGCUCCCGGGAGCUCCUGCGGAGCCCCGGGCCGCGGUGCUGAGCGCGCGCGGCCGACGGGCCGCACUCGCGCCCGCGCGAGGCGCCGCGCCGACGGCGGCG